AUGACGUGCUAUCAAGUAUCAGAUUUAGUAUCGGGACUUAAGUCCCGGCAUACGGAAACUAGGCAUAAGGCAAUUCGUGAAUUAUUGCAUUUUGCUAAAACUGAUCUACGUGAGAUGUCCCAGGAUUCUUUGAAUCAGGUUCUUGACGAUUUUAACCAACAAAUUCAUGCCUUGACAUCCAGUUACGAUAACAAUGAGAAGAAGGCUGGUAUACUUACUAUAGUCUGUCUUAUUGGGGGAGAUAUUGAAACAACCAAAACAAGAUUAAAUCGCUAUGCUCAAUACUUAAGGAAUAUCUUUCCUUCUAAUGAUGUAGGUAUCUUGGAGUUAGCUGCCAAGACUAUGGGCCGUUUGGCUGUGUCACUUGGUGUUAAGAGAGGAGAAUAUGUUGAACUUGAAAUCAAAAGAGCUUAUGAAUGGUUGUCUGAGGAAAGAAGUGAAAGUAAGAGACUUUCAGCAGUCCUAAUAUUACGUGAACUUGCUAUUGCUAUGCCUUCAUACUUUUACCAACAUAUAGGUGGUUUUUUUCAUAAUAUACCCAUUGCACUCCGAGAUCCUAAGGAACAAAUCCGUGAAACUGCUGCGAAAGCAUUAAGAGCUGCAUUUGUUGUAACAUCACAAAGAGAACAACCGGAUCAAAGCAAUAAAUCACAUUGGUAUGCUGACUGCUAUGAAGAAGCUAUGACAUCAUUUUCUGAUCAUACUAUAAGAGAGAGGGGGCUAAAUAGAGAUGAACAUGUACAUGGUGCUUUACUAAUUUUAAAUGAAUUAUUAAGAUGUUCUAAUGCUGCAUGGGAGAAAAAGUAUACAACACUUAUGCAAAAGUUGGAUGCAGAACAAGAUAUAUCGGAUGAAAUGUUUUCUCUGAGUUUUAAAAUACAUAAUACAUGGUCAACAGAAAACUUUUCUGAGGAGAAAAAUUUCCUUCCAGGCAUUUAUGAGUCAAGUAUUUGUAGAAAACUAAUUGUUGAAAAAUAUGAAAAGAUAGCUUCAGAGGUAAUGGCUCAACAAAUAUCGAGGUCGCAUAGUGUCCACCAAAUGCUAUUGUUAAUCAUACCAAGAUUAGCUGCCUUAAACCGAGAGGCUUUUUCAAAGAAACAUCUUAAAUCUACAAUAAAUCAUCUGAUUACCUUCCUAAGAGGGAGAGAGAAGGAAAAGGCUAUGGCUUUUACUACAUUAGGACUAGUCUGUGUUGCUGUCGAAUCAGAUAUCCAGUUAUAUUUAGGAAGAAUUAUAGAAAUUAUAAGAUUAACUCUCCCUGCUAAAGAUGUGCCGAAAAAACGAAAUGGUACUGAUACUCCAUUAUUCAAUUGUGUAACUUUGUUAGGAUUUGCAAUGAAAGAAGAUGUUGCUAACGAGGUUAAAGAAUUAUUGGAUCCAAUGUGUGCUACAGGGUUAAGCCCGCAACUUACCACAUGCUUUAAGGAACUAAGUGAAAAUCUGCCAUCAUUAAAAACAGAAAUAACGGACCGCUUACUUAAUAUUUUAUCAUUGAUACUUAGAAAGAAACCAUACAUUAAUAGCCACUCAGAGCAACACUUUGUUCAUAUGUUAUCUACAGCGUUAUUAGGAGAGCCUCAUGAUGCUAACAAGUUGGUGCUAGCGUUGCGUACUUUGGGUGCAUUUGAUUUCGAAUGGAAUAAUACCUUAAUGUCCUUUAUUAGAAGAUGCACAGAUUAUUAUUUACAAAGCGAACAACACGAUAUCCGCUUAGAAGCUGUUAAAACUGCUGCAAAAUUGCUGAUUAAGGCUAUCGAAAGAUGCACUCAAACAAAUUCACGCACAUUGAGUUUAAUUGUAGACGAAUCACUGGGAAAACUUUUGGCUGUCGGUAGAUCGGACUUUGAUCAGGAAGUUCGUUAUAAAGUGCUCGAGAUAUUUACUAAUCCCAUUUUUGACAAGUAUUUAGCAAAUGAGGAACACCUAAACUGUCUUUUCGUAGCUAUUAAUGAUUCCAAUAGUGAUGUAAGUGAGUUAGCUCUGUGCUUGGUUGGCAGGUUGAGUAAUAUUAAUCCGAGUUAUACUACUCCCACUUUACGACAGUUUUUUGUACAAGUUUUAAUAGAGUUACAGUAUUCGGAAUCAACACGAAAUAAAGAACAAGCUUUGAGAAUGGUCAACAACAUCAUAUCGCAUGCUCCAAGGAUAACUCGACAAUUUGUAGAUACCAUACUGAAAGUUCUUGUACCGAAACUAAAAGAAGAAGUUGGUAAUUCGACUAUGAUUUCUUCAAUUUUAAAAGCAAUAGGCGACCUUGCCGAAAUAAAUGGUGGAGGAAAUGCACUAAAACAAUGGCUACCCGAAUUGAUAUCGAUUCAGUUAGAGAUACUUGCUGAUCCUAAUCAAAUCGAAAAGAGAAGUGUAGCACUAUGGUCAUUUGGACAAGUUGUCAGUGCAAUAGGGUAUGUAGUUACGCCUUAUAUGGAAUAUCCCCACCUAAUGGACAUGCUUCUAAACUUCUUAAAGACUGAACAGCAGGCUAGAGAUCGCCGAGAAACUAUACGAAUAUUAGGACUCUUGGGAGCCUUAGAUCCAUACAAGCAUAGAGUAAAUCAGGGCUUGAUUGAUUUUCAAACAGUCUCCACGUUAAUACCGAUUACAGAAACUACAGCGAAUUAUGAAAAUUUUGAUACAAAUGUAAGUGACAUGUUAGUUAAUAUGUCCCCGUUAGUGCUUGACGAAUUUUAUCCGGCAAUAGCCGUUACAUCUUUAAUGAGGAUAUUACGAGAUCCAUUGUUAGCAAGGCAUCACACGUGCGUGGUGCAUGCAGUGACUUUUAUUUUCCAAUCAUUAGGUAUAAAGUGUGUCCCAUAUAUAUCCCGAGUUACUCCUAGCCUUUUAUAUGUCAUACGUACCACUGACAACAGUAAUUUUCGAGAAUUUUUAUUUACUCAAUUAGCUCAAUUAAUAUCUGUCGUGAAAAUUCAUAUAAGAGCAUAUUUGGAAGACAUUUUUGAAAUAAUCAGGGAGUAUUGGACGCCAGAUAGUCAACUACAGCCAACAUUGAUUUUAUUGGUAGAGCACAUCACAGUUGCUAUUGGUACCGAAUUUAAGAUUUAUCUCAGGAAGAUCCUGCCAAAUAUUUUGCGAGUGUUGAAAUACGACAGGAGUAAAGAUAAAUUUUUAACAGAAAAGCUGUUGCUGGCCAUUCAAAAAUUUGAGAACAAUUUAGACGAUGUUUUGCUGUCUAUCGUUCCAGCGGUUACUGGUUUGUUUGAUGGAAGGAAUAUUCCCACAUCCAUAUCGAAAUUGGCAAUGGAAACAAUUGAACAUUUAUCUGUGUAUCUGUAUUUUCGUCCAUAUUCAGCUGUCAUUAUACAGGCUCUAGCGAAAGUACUCGAUAACAAUCCAGUUUUACGACAAACAGCCAUGAGCACCUUAUGCGCUUUGAUAGUGCAAAUGGGACGUGAAUAUAUCGACUACAUACCAUCAAUUGAUAGAAUUUUAUUGAAGCACAAAAUACAAUGCCCUCAUUAUGUAGUGCUAGUGACACGACUACAAGUAACUUCCACACUCGCUUCAGACGAUGAUUAUUUGGAUGAAACACGAUCGAGGUUACGGAACAAAAAAACAGAUGUGAUGACUAACACAAAUGAAAUACAAGUACAAAAGCUUACAUUAAACAUACAUAAUUUGCGAAAAUGUUGGUCUGUAAACGGCCUCAUAUCUAAAGAGGACUGGCUUGAAUGGCUACGACAGCUGAGUGUUGGUUUUCUUACGGAGUCCAACAGUCCUGCCAUAAGGGCAUGCUCGACUUUAUCACAAAACUAUCCUCAGUUAGCGAGCGAAUUGUUUAACGCGGCAUUCAUGUCCUGCUGGACGGAGCUGGGCGACCAGCCUCGCAAGGAGCUGGUGGCAGCAUUGGAACGGGCUCUUACAGUUCCUGAUGUACCGGAACUGGCGUUGGCUGUUUUGAACCUGGCAGAGUUCUUGGAACAUUGCGAAAAGGGAGCUCUGCCAAUUCCAAUUAAACUUCUCGGAGAUACCGCCAUCAGUUGUAGGGCGUACGCGAAAGCUCUCUACUACAAGGAAGAAGAGUAUCGCAGAAAUCCUACAACACAAGUUGUCGAAGCACUAAUACACAUAAAUAAUAAACUGCAACAGAAGGAAGCAGCUAAUGGACUGCUUGAGAAGGUAAUAACGCAAAAGAAGAAUGGAGAUUGUUCGUUGAAUGUUCACGUGCGUUGGUACGAAAAAUUGCACAAUUGGGAACAAGCGUUAGAUUUGUAUGAUAAGAAAUUAGAAACUGAGCCCCAGGACUCUGAGUCCAGGUUGGGUAUGAUGAGAUGCUUGGAAGCAAUGGGAGAGUGGAGAAAGCUUUAUAAUUUCACCAGCGACCAAUGGGACACCAUGACCGAGGAUAUUAAAAAGAAAUGUGCCAAGAUAGCCGCUGCCGCCUCAUGGGGCUUGCAGGAGUGGGAGUCCAUGAAAAAGUACGUAGAUUGUAUCCCAGAAGAUACACAAGACGGUUCAUUUUAUCGCGCCAUAUUAGCUAUUCACGAAGGUCAGUGGCCUGAGUCCAGACAUUAUAUAGACGCGGCAAGAAGCUUACUAGAUGGCGAAUUAACUGCUGUUUUAGGCGAGAGCUAUCAGAGAUCAUAUGGAGCCCUUGUCAAUGCACAGUUAUUAACUGAGUUAGAAGAAGUGGUGACCUACAAGUUGGUGGAAGAAAGGAGAAGUACUAUACACAGGGCUUGGUGGACUAGGCUUCAAGGCGGUCAACGCUUGGUAGAAGAUUGGCGGAAGAUGCUUCAAAUACGUAGUCUCGUUAUGACUCCUCGGGAAAAUUUCCAAACAUGGCUUAAAUUUGCAUCACUCUGCAGAAAAACUGGUUCAAUAACACAGGCCCACAAAAUUGUUCUCUCCAUUUUGGGCUGCGAUCCCAUAACUAAUCCUGAUGUGUUAUUGCGAAUGCAAGAUCCGAGAAUUGUGUUAGCUUACAGUAAAAACUUGUGGGAGGCGGGGAAUAAACGCUACGCCUACGACGUCCUGCAGAGAUUUGUCGACAACUCCGAACCGGACAACGAAGAUCAUUGUCGAUUACUAGCGAGGUGUCACUUAAAGUUGGGUACUUGGUGUGAAUCUCUCCAAGAAGUUAACGAGCUAUCAAUCCCAGAAAUUUUGAGAAACUACGCCGCGGCCACGAUACUGGCUCCGGAGUGGUAUAAAGCAUGCCACGCUUGGGCAUGCAUGAAUUUCGAAACGGUCUUAUUUUACAAACAACAAGACAACAUUUCCGAAAGUAGUCUUGCCGGUGGCUCCGGGGAGAAAAAAGUCUCUAGGGCAGAAUUUAUUAACACACAUACCAUUCCUGCUAUAGAAGGGUUCUUUAAAUCAAUCAGCUUGUCAAACGGAAAUUCUCUUCAAGACACAUUAAGACUCCUUACAUUGUGGUUCGACCACGGACAUCACCCUGCGAUAUAUGAUGCACUAUUUGAAGGGAUACGUCAAAUAGAUAUCAAAAUAUGGCUUCAAGUAAUACCGCAACUCAUAGCUCGAAUCGAUUCGCCGAGAAGUCUAGUUGCGAAGUUAGUCCAUAUUCUGUUAAUAGAUAUAAGCAAGUCACACCCACAGGCCCUAGUAUACCCGUUGACCGUGGCUACGAAAUCUUCCUUCGUGACAAGGAAAACUGCCGCAAAUUAUAUAUUGAAAACAAUGUGCGCUCACUCGCAAAAUCUAGUCAAUGAGGCUGCUAUAAUAUCAGAGGAAUUGAUUAAAGUUGCAAUUCUAUGGCAUGAUCAGGUCUUUAUAGCAUUGGAUGAAGCUUCCAGGUUGUAUUUCAGUGAAAAAGAUUACAGAGGCAUGUUUAGAACACUUGAUAAAAUGCAUACAAUGCUUGACCGACCUCCGGAAACUUUGAAAGAGGUUUCCUUCCUGCAAAUGUAUGGUAGAGAUUUACAAGAGGCGCAAAGGUGGUGUGAGCUUUAUAAGGAAACGAACGAAGACCGUUACCUGAACGAGGCGUGGGACCUGUACUACCACGUGUUCCGGCGACUGUCGUCGCAGUUCCGGUCGCUGACGUCGCUGGAGCUGCAGUACGUGAGCGAGCGCUUGCACGCCUGCCGCCACCUGGAGCUGGCCGUGCCCGGCUCCUACGUGCCCCAGGAGCGCCUUAUCAAAAUAGACCACAUCAAGAGCCAGUUGCAGGUAAUAAAAUCCAAACAAAGGCCACGUCGCUUAACAAUUCAAGGAUCUGAUGGCAAACAGUACAUGUUCCUACUCAAAGGUCACGAAGACCUCAGACAGGACGAGCGAGUGAUGCAACUAUUCGGCCUUGUUAAUACGCUCCUGCAGUCCGAUACAAACACUUAUCGGCAUGACUUAGCGAUACAGCGGUAUGCGGUAAUCCCUCUGUCACCUAACUCUGGUCUGAUAGGCUGGGUACCACAGUGCGAUACAUUGUACAAUCUUAUAAGUGACUAUCGAGACAAAAAAUCGAAUAAACUGGCGUUGAAUACCGAGCAACAAAUUAUGCAGCGAAUGGCGUCCGACUACCAGAAGCUUAUGUUAAAGCAUAAGGUAGAAAUAUUCGAAUACACGUUAUCUCAGACACCAGGCAAUGAUCUGGCGAGACUACUGUGGCUCAAGAGCCCUUCUGCAGAAGCGUGGUUCGAGCGACGGACAAAUUAUACGCGUUCUUUGGCUGUUAUGAGCAUGGUCGGAUAUAUCCUGGGCUUAGGAGACCGUCACCCGUCAAACAUAAUGCUGCAUCGAGUCUCCGGAAAAGUAUUACAUAUCGAUUUCGGAGAUUGCUUCGAAGUCACACAGACUAGAGAGAAGUUCCCGGAGAAGAUACCAUUCAGGCUGACUAGAAUGCUGAUUAAUGCUAUGGAGGUAACCGGCAUCGAGGGCACUUACCGCUUUACCUGCGAGUCAGUAAUGCACGUACUGCACAAACAUAGGGACAGUGUGAUGGCUGUCUUAGAGGCCUUCGUCUACGAUCCUCUCCUCAACUGGAGGCUCAUCGAUAAUGACAGACACUCUAUCACAGAGUCUUCUUUCUCCUCCGACAUCGACUCCUCUUACUCCCUCCCAAGUAGGAGUAGAAAUCACCUACACUACGAAUCGUUAGAAAUACCUCCCGAAGCUAAUCUCAACAAGCGAGCGUUGGCUAUUCUAAAUAGAAUAAGAGAUAAAUUGACUGGGCGAGACUUUCCACAAAUAGAAGCGGUUGUCAGUGUGCCGAAACAAGUUGAUAUGCUAAUAAAAAUUGCAACUAAUAAUGAGAAUUUAUGUCAAUGCUAUAUUGGGUGGUGUCCGUUCUGGUAA